AUGGGGUGUCUACAGCUAUUCAGAGAAUGGUUAAGUUGCAUGUCUGACGUUCCUCCAAAAGCUAUGAUAACAGACCAGUGCAGAGCUAUGCAAAAUGCCAUUGAAGUUGUCUUUCCAGAAGCUCGACAUCGUUGGUGCUUAUGGCAUAUCAUGAAGAAAAUUCCUGAGAAAUUAAGAGGAUAUGCCCAAUAUGAAUCCAUCAAGCUUGCUUUGCAAAAUGCAGUUUAUGAUUGUUUUACAAAACAUGAAUUUGAUGAAGAAUGUGAGCAACAUAGGUGGAUUCCUGUGUUUGUGAAGGAUGUUUUUUGGGCUGGCAUGUCGACUACACAACGAAGUGAGAGCAUGAACGCAUUUUUUGAUGGAUAUGUGAACUCAAAGACAACUUUAAAGCAAUUUGUUGAACAAUAUGAUAAUGCCUUGAGAACCUACACAAAUGUAAAAUUUAAAGAAGUGCAAGUAGAAUUGAAACGACUAUUGUAUUGUCGUGCGAAUCUUGUCAAAGAAGAGGGAGCUAUUUGCACUUAUCAUGUGAAGGAGGCUGUUCUUGUGGGUGAGAAAAUGAAGACUGUGGAAUUUGUUAUGUACUUUAAUGCAACUGAAUGUGAAUUGCAUUGUAUGUGUCGGUGGUUUGAGUUUAGGGGCAUUAUGUGUGCCCAUGCAAUUACUAUGCUACUUGAGAGGUAUAUAUAUCAGGUGCCAGAUCAAUACAUUGUAUCAAGAUGGAGAAAAGAUAUCGAAAGAGGGUACACAUGCAUUCCAACCACAUACACUAAAGCCAGGGCUGUUCUUAAUGCAAAGUUGCAUGACAAAUACCACAAGAUGUUGGACGAAAUCAUAGAAAUAGCUGCCAACGAUGAUGGUAAACAUGAAGUGCUUGAUCUUAGGUUGAUAAAAAUCAAGGAUAGAGUGAGAAAAGAUCAAUUGGGUAGUGCAAGUCAUGCACCACCUUCUACUAGUGACGUGCCACCUUCUACUAGUAAUGUACCACAUUGUCAUAGUUCAUUGAGAAGUCCGUUUGCUCGUAGUACUACAAAAGCAAGCAUGCCUCGCAACAUGCUUAGUCCAAUGGUUGCUCGCCGAAGAGGACGUCCAUGUACGAAACGGAAGGUUAGCAAAGUGGAUGCAAUAGUGAAUCGGUUGAAGGAAAAGAGUAAAAAGCCUCCAAAAGCUGACCCGGUUCAUCAAUGGCAGCCUCGGAAGUUAAAUUUUCCUGGUACCGAUGAUAUGCAAGGCAAUAUUUAUCAUGAACCGGCACAGUUUAGUCAAAUGCAAACGGUGGACAAUAUUGGAGGCACAUCUCAUACUCAAAGUUCGACAAUCGCUUUCAUGGAAGAGGAGCUGUUGUCUUUGCUCCGUGAUGAAGAAGAUGCAGAAUAUUGA